AUGCCUUCCCCACUUAGACAAAUGAGCUCCACUUCUCGAUUUUCGCUUUUUGGCUCCAAAACUCAGGACUCGAAACAAAAUCAACUACCUGACCCUGCAGUCGAUGAGUUUCUGAAUCUCGAUGCCAGCUCCGAGCUUUUCCCGGAUGGCUCAACCGAUCUUCCAACACCUGAAGCCUUCAAAAGUCUCCAGCAUAACGCAGAGCGUACAAUUAGGCGACUCCAGUCUGCAUAUAAAUCACGAACGUUCGCACUUCACCAAACACUAGCAGAAAAAUCGUCGCUAGGAGAAGAGCUACAAGAGACGCAUUCACGUCUACGUAAUAUCAAAAAUCAACUGGACGGGAUGGCAGAAAGAGUACACGAACAGGACAAAGCUAUGAAAGCGAUGGCAGAGGAACUUAAACUGGAGCGCCAAAUGCGCCAAGAGGAAGAGGAAGCACGACAACGAAAUAUCAUUCUUGACACGGAGUCCGAACCGUCACAGGAUCACAACAGUGACCACAGCUGCAAUUGCACCAUCAGAGAAAGAGCCAGAGACGGCUUAGAAGUCAAGUCUAUAAAUCGUCAUAACAAACGCUCUAGCGGGGUCACGUUCUCCAGCGACUCAGGCUUCGAAUCCAGCGACGAGAGCAUCGCUGAAAGUAUAUUUUCACGAAAAUAUGACAAUCCGGAUUCACCCUCGACAUUAGCGACGAGGGCCUCCGGCACCUCAUCGCCAGAUAUUAGCGUUUCUGUUGGGACGCAACCUCCAGUGCCAUCCAAAUCGCCAAAACCCGCGCCAAAACCAUCCGCUUAUGACAGAAUGCUCAGGAGUAUCUCGUCAGCAAACCUUGGGGUUUCUCUUAUGGGUUCGAGCGCGUUUUCUACAUCCAAGUGCUCCAACUGCCACGGCGCCACCGCGUCAGAUGCGUGGGGUGUGGUUUCCGUGCUUCAGGAGGAAAACCGGGGGCUCAAAAAUAGGAUUGAGGAAUUGGAGGUUGCGAUUGAUGAGUGUAUUACGCUCGUUGGGGGUUGA